CAACCAUCGCACGCAUCAACCUUCUCUCUCUCUCUCUCUCUCUCGAGCGCGCUCAAGCAAUACGGAAAAACAUCGUGAACUCACAGCAAGCGAUUGAUGAAAGAACCAGAAGUGGAUCUACAAGAGAGAUCUAACGUAUGUCAGUGAAAUGGUUAAGGACAGAGCCUUUUCUCACCCAAGAACCUCAACGGCAGCAAAUAAGUUCCUCCCAAGAAAACCCUCUUCCUCCUCAAUCGCACUCUACAUUAUCUCUCUCUUUGCCUUUUCAAUCUUCGUGUUUAACUACUACAGUAAAGACAUUUUGGAAGAUGAACAAAAACAUCCUCUGCUAGAAGAGUCUCAAUCUUUGCAGCUGCCACGUGAAAUGCUUUGGGGAGCACUUGAUGACUACGGUUUACGCCCAUGUGUCGAGCCUACUGCUAAGUAUAAAGCAACACAAGCACGGGAUCGCUAUUUGACUGUAAGGAGUAAUGGGGGACUGAAUCAGAUGCGCACUGGUAUAUCCGAUAUGGUGGCUGUGGCACGCAUAAUGAAUGCAACCUUAGUAAUUCCUCAAUUGGAUAAGCGCUCAUUUUGGCAAGAUUCAAGUACCUUUUCAGAUGUGUUCAAUGAGCACCAUUUCAUCACAAGCUUACAAAGAGAUGUGAGGAUUGUGAAAGAACUUCCCAAGGAAUUAGAAUCUGCUCCUCGAGCCAGGAAGCACUUCUCUUCUUGGUCUGGUAUGAGCUACUAUGAAGAAAUGACACAUUUGUGGAAGGACUAUCAGGUGAUUCAUGUCGCAAAAUCAGAUUCUAGACUUGCAAACAACGAGCUACCUCUUGAUAUUCAGCGGUUGAGAUGUCGGGCACUCUAUAAUGCUCUCCGUUUCUUUCCUCCUAUUGAGAAUCUAGGGAAGAGGCUGGUGGAGCGGCUGAGAUCACAUGCUGGGAGAUACAUUGCUCUUCAUCUGAGAUACGAAAAAGACAUGUUAUCUUUCACUGGCUGCACUUCUGGUCUUACUGAUGCAGAAUCUGAAGAGCUGACAAUAAUGAGGGAGACCACAAGCCAUUGGAAGAUGAAGAAGAUAAAUUCAACAGAACAAAGACUAGGAGGCUUUUGUCCACUAACUCCCAAGGAGGUGGGGAUAUUUCUGCAAGCUCUUGGUUAUGCUCCAUCAACAAUAAUUUAUAUUGCUGCUGGUGAAAUUUAUGGUGGCAACACGCACUUAUCAGAGCUCACAUCUCUCUUCCCAAAUGUCGUUUUCAAGGAAAUGAUUGCAACUCAAGAAGAGUUGAAAGCAUUUUCAAAUCAUGCAUCGCAAAAUGCAGCACUUGAUUAUAUCAUCUCGGUAGAGAGCGAUAUAUUCAUUCCGUCAUAUUCGGGUAACAUGGCAAGAGCUGUUGAGGGGCACCGUAGAUUCUUGGGCCACCGGAAGACAAUCACUCCAAACAGGAAGGGCCUUGUUGAAAUAUUUGAUAAGCUGGAAACCGCACAGCUUGAAAGAUCAUCCUUGUCAAAUCUUGUGAUGAAAUUGCACAAGAACAGGCAAGGCGCUCCAAGGAAAAGAGGAGGUCCCCUCCCAGGAAUCAAAGGCAGGGCGCGGUUCAGGACUGAAGAAUCCUUUUAUCAAAAUCCAUACCCAGAAUGCAUUUGCCGUUCAAGAAGUAAAACAUUACGAUGACAAAGCCACAGAAUAAGCCUGCAGUUCAAAAUUGCUAAAUUUUUUUUCCUUCUCUUUUUUAUUGCAUAUAUAUUCUGUAUUUUUGGAAAAUACGGAUAUUUUGUGCAUGAAAUUGUUGGGUUUCCAUGUUAUGGCAAGUCUUUGGUUUCGAGUAGUAAA